GGAGGGCCGCCCCGCCUGGUCUCCGGGCCGCACCUCCGAACCGGUUUCGCCGCGGGGAGCCGGCAGCUCGGGAGGCUGUGGUCCCGGUGCUCGCCCCGCGGCUUCUCCCGGGCCGCAGCGGUGUCGGGGUGCCUCGGCUCGGGUCAGUGCCAUGAUCCGGCAGGAGCUUUCCACAUCCUACCAGGAGCUGAGUGAGGAGUUGGAUCAGGUGGUUGAGAACUCAGAGCGAGCAGACGAGCAGGAAAAGGAGACGGACAGAGUCCAAGGUCCAGGAGUCUUACCAGGCCUGGACAGCGAGUCCGCCUCCAGCAGCCUCCGCUUCAGCAAGGCCUGCCUGAAGAACGUCUUCUCGGUCCUGCUCAUCUUCAUCUACCUGCUGCUCAUGGCGGUGGCCGUCUUCCUGGUCUACCAGACCAUCACCGACUUCCGUGAGAAGCUCAAGCACCCUGUCAUGUCGGUGUCUUACAAGGAGGUGGAUCGCUAUGACGCCCCAGGGAUUGCUCUGUACCCAGGUCAGGCCCAGUUGCUCAGCUGCAAGCACCAUUACGAGGUCAUUCCACCCCUGAGGAGCCCUGGCCAGCCGGGCGACAUGAACUGCACCACCCAGAGGAUCAACUACCCGGACCCGUUCUCCAACCAGACCCUGAAAUCCGCCCUGAUUGUGCAGGGGCCCCGGGAAGUGAAGAAGCGGGAGCUGGUCUUCCUCCAGUUCCGCCUGAAUGAGAGUAGCGAGGACUUCAGUGCCAUCGAUUACCUCCUCUUCUCGUCUUUCCAGGAGUUCCUGCACAGCCCAGACAGGGUGGGCUUCAUGCAGGCCUGUGAGAGCGCCUACUCCAGCUGGAAGUUCUCCGGGGGCUUCCGCACCUGGGUCAAGAUGUCCCUGGUGAAGACCAAGGAGGAGGACGGGCGGGAAGCGGUGGAGUUCCGGCAGGAGACCAGUGUGGUUAACUACAUUGACCAGAGGCCAGCUGCCGAAAAAAGUGCCCAGUUGUUUUUUGUGGUGUUUGAAUGGAAAGAUCCUUUCAUCCAGAAAGUCCAAGAUAUCAUCACCGCCAACCCUUGGAACACAAUCGCCCUUCUCUGUGGGGCCUUCUUGGCGUUAUUUAAAGCAGCAGAGUUUGCCAAACUGAGUGUGAAAUGGAUGAUCAAAAUUAGGAAGAGGUACCUUAAAAAAAGAGGUCAGGCAGCAAACCACAUAAGCUGAAGCGGCCUUGUGGCGUCCGUAAGACUGUCCGCAGUGAUGGAAGUUCUCUUCUGUGUGCAUCGAUGGAGCUGCCAGCACUGCUGUGCUCGCUUGAAACGGGCCUCGCUGGGAGGAACGGUCUGCGAAACCAGAGCUUCUGACCUGGCCCCCAAAACAGGAUGUUUAGAGCCCGAUGGAACAGAUCCAGCAGAUAACAUAAAACCUUAUUUAAGUGUUUAAAUUAUUAAUGAACAUUUUUUGGACAUGUGAAUAGGGACUGUGGAAGGCGGAAUUGGAUUAUCAAAUGUUCUGAAGGUUUGUGAAGCCGCCCUUCUUACCUGGUUUGGUGUAUAGUUCAACUCUAACAGGAUGAUUAAGGCUCUACGUUUUACCUUAGGUUUUUUUUUCCCCCUGAGGGUUUUCAGGUCGAUGGAAGAGACUGAUUCCCCCCCACAUCCUGACUAUGCAGGUGUGCAGCUAUGCUUUGAAGCCUCCGCACACUGCACACGAGAGCAAAAUCCCUGGUCCAGAGACGUCAUCUGCCAGUUACAAUAUCCAGCCUCCGACAUGCUUUCUCAUUUGUUAAAUUCCAAGUGGGACAUUUUUAAAGCUACUAGAAAGUAGUACUAAGGUUUCUUGUGGAUGGACUAGCCACCUUCCUGUCGGGCCAGAGUAUUUGUUGAUGAAGGUGUGAGACUGCAGAAGAGAGUAACCUGCAGAAGCACCGGGACAUGUGUACCUAGGAGGUGCCUACCCAGUGGACCCCCAUGAUUUUGUUAACAGGUAAAUAAAAGUUAGGUUCAUGCAAAAA